GAAGCAUAACACUUCCCACUAAAUCUUGUUUAUCUCUUAAUUCUCCUUCUUCCGUCAAAAGCGCUUCCAAAUGGCUUCGAGUCUGAGCUUUAACACUCUUGCUGUGAUCCUCACUCUUACACUCGCCGUCUGCGUCACCAGAACACUAGGAGGAAUAGUGUGUGAAAAUCUCGACCACGACUCAUGCGCAUUCGCAGUGUCAUCCCCCGGCAAGCGUUGCGUGCUGGAGAAGCAGGUGAGAAGGAGCGGGGAGGAACCAUACACUUGUCGCCAAUCAGGCAUUGAAGCCGGGGGCCUGAGGGACUACAUUGAGACAGAUCAGUGCGUCGAAUCAUGUGGGGUUGAGCGUAGAACUCUAGGAAUCGCAUCAGAUGCUCUACUGGAGCCUCGCUUUGCACAACAGCUUUGCUCGUCCAAGUGCUAUGGAAGUUGCCCUAACAUUGUCGAUCUCUACUUCAAUCUUGCUGCGGGUGAAGGAGUGUUUCUUCCUAAACUCUGUGAAGCGGGGAGAGAAGACACCCGGAGAGGAAUGGCAGAGAUCCGGAGCUCAGGCAUGGCUGCUCCAGGGCCGAUGAUCCACCCCGUCAAGUUUAUCGUCGCCCCGGCAAUGUCUCCUUAUUAAUCGACUUUCCUCAAAACCGAUCAGAUGUGGAAGUUUGCAGGCCUUGGUUCAGAACAGACGUACUACGAUGUAGUAGAUCGGUUUGAUCAAAAAGUAGAUACCCGUCUUCGAGUGCUGCGUUAACGUUCUGGCGUGUGUGCAUGCAUGGCUUUGACGGGCGAGCUUUAAUCUAUAGAGUCCUUAUAAUUAAGAGUGUGUAUGUAGGAUCAGUCACCCAAGCACCGGUCCAUAAUCCAGAUAAUGUGUAUGGGAUCGUCUUCCAUGUAUUAUCGUGGUGAAGAUAUAUCUUCAGAUUGGAUGAAUAAAUGGUCCGCUUUUGUUCGUA